UUCAGGCGAUUGCAAUCACGUCUCUAGUCUCGGACGCAACGACAGAAAGACGCGAAGAAAUCGAGUAAAAGAACUAACUGGAAGUCAUUUGAAGCAGUCAUUCGAUGAUAGCGAUGGAAUAGCUGCUGCCAUAACACAACGCGACCGGGUUUAUCCGGCAAACAUUAAGAAGAUUCUCCUAACACGCAAAUAUCACGACACCAAUGUUUACAAAGACAUUGGCAUUCGAGUAGUAGGUGGCAAGAAACUUCCAAAUGGUGAACUUGUAGCUUUCGUAUCGACAGUAAAUCGCGGAAAGGCUCGAGAAAUGUUAGGCGAGAUCAAGGAAGGAGAUCGUGUUCUGGAAUGGAAUGGUGUAUUAUUAACUGGAAAAACAUUUGAAGAAGUGGAGCAAGUGAUAACCGCAAGUCGUGGUGAAAUUGAAGUGGUUGUUGCUAGCACUCCGAUUAGCAGUGUGCAGGUGACAUCGAGCAAUCUCGGAAGAAGCAAAGGCGCUGAAAAACAAAAAAGCAGACGAGAACGAAAGCAUGAUGAAACACGCGAUCGCUCACAGAAGUCAGAGGCUCCUCCUGUACCUGCACAUCGUUGCGCGGAUGGACAGACUUCUGUCUCUUCAGAUUCUUAUGCUGCUUUGAAACCAUCAUUGAACAACAAAGCUAUCCCUUUGCAAUCGCAUAACCGUGUUGCCUGCAUGCAGGAGCCUGAUACGUUGGGUUAUUUGAACGUGGCCUUAGCAUACAACCGAUCAACAUCGACACUUAUGGUAACAGUGCUUUCGGCAAAGAGCCUCUUGUGUCGUCAGUAUUGUAAUGUAACAUUUUAUCCGAAUCCUUUCGUGAAGGUCUACUUGUUACCUGGAAGAAGGGUAUCUAGUAAGCGUCGAACUAAAUUCGUGCCAAAUACCUCAGAUCCAGUAUGGGAUCAAACACUGGAAUAUUCAGUACCAUUUCAUGACCUAUACAGCCAUUAUUUGGAAUUUACGGUGUGGGACUAUGAUAGACUUAAUGAUAACAACGCUUUAGGAAAACUUGUUAUUAGUCUUUCAGAUCCACAUGUUCUGGAUGGUACGCCACGUUGGUACCCACUUAACCCAACAGACAAUGAUUUAGCUGUGCUAGGCUUACCUUGUUCGCAAUUCCAAACAACAAUUGGCACCGUAAAUGGAUAUGCUGUGCCGCAUUAUAAUCCAACAUCUUUGGAUAUUAAUUGUCCAACCGUUUGAUGGUCCGCACGUUGCUGCACUCAGCCUGAUGGGAUCUGCAUCUAUGGCACAAGCGAACAAUCUUCAAAAGCUCAGAAUUGAUGAAUAACUUCAGAAUUCGUAUUAUUUGAAACAGUGUCGUCAAAAUGAUAUUUAUAAACAAAUGUCGUUUAGUUAUACUUGUGUUUCUGAUGAAUUCCCAACGGUCUUCUGAAUUUGCCCCAAAUUUUAUUAUCUCCAUUUACGGGGAUUUGUUUUAUUAAACUCUUGGCUUUAAAAUUUCGACGUUUUGGUAUAAAAUUCAGCUUUUCUUUGUUGUUGAUUUUAGAAUUUCAACAUUUUCUCGAUAUUUCUUUUUGCAAGCUGUAUUUAAACAAAGGAAGGUUUGUUAAUAUGUGACGACGUUAUUUCGCUAGUAAGGAAAGAUUUGUUAUUUGAGUGAUCUCAUUGCUUUAUGCGUCACUGCAUGUAAAAUCAGCGUAUAUUUACUAAGCGUUUUGUUUAUCAGUUUAGCUGCAUGAAGUUCAAUGGCAUUUCUUGCUAUGUAGUUUUUUUCUGUCUCAUGUCCUGAGAAGUUUAUCGAUAUCAUUUUACAGAAGAAAUCCAUGAAUUAAUAUAGUUCACUGUUUGAUUCAGUGGCUACAUAGACAGGACACUGUCCAUACGGUAACGCCUCAAAUGAACUUCCGGUCAGUUCGGUUGCUGUUUUGAUUAUCCCAUGGUUAAGAUUAUAAUUCGUAAUAGAAAAGAUAAAAUUAAUAGAUUGCACUUUUAGAAUGAAGCG